UUUAGCUUUUCUGUGCCCCGAUUUCUUCAUUGGUAAUUUGGGGAUCAUAAUCUCUUCUUCAUAGGUUUGCUGAAGGAUUAAAUAAAUUUAUGUCAAGUUUUGGAACAGUUUAUGGCUGGUUCCUAGCAGAUCCUCAGUAGAUAUGAGUAAUAAUUAGAUAACUGACAUGAGAAAGCUCUCACUCUUUCCAAAGAACUGGCAUAAAUAAAGGGAGACUUAGUUUUGCAAUGUCUUUUUAGAACAUAAGCUCAGUUUUCCCAAUAGAGAAAAUAAUUUUCAGUGAAUAAUCAAAAUUAUGUAGAUAACGUAUCCACUCCUCAGUGCCCCAGGGUCAGUUGUUCAAAAACAAAAUCAAAAGACAAAGGGGAAAAAAAUCCUGGCAAGGGGACACGUUUUGAGAAUUGUUUUAAAGCAGUCAUUGUAUUCAGGUGGCCUGGCUGGCUACUGUAAACACCCAGACAUGUAGGGAGGAAAUUAGAACCCAUUGUGCGUCCCUAAAAUGGAUGUCUUUUCAAUUAAACAGAUUGCUAUCAGCCUAACAGAGGGGACUCCUGUUCCUUUUUGCCGGGUCAUUUCCUUUACCGAGUGCCUGUAAGAACCACCCACUGGGGUGUUUCUCAGGAUUAUAGGUUUUUAGGUCACACAGAAACCCUGCCGAGUGCCUGAAAGAGCCAAACGCAGGAUCCCAUUCUGCGCGAGCUGGAUGACAUUACCCACUGUGUUGCUGAGGCCCCCGGCAACCAGCAGCACAGGUCAAGAGCUUUGCUCUGAAGCAGCUGAAGGUCUCCUUGGUGGGCUGGAGGCUCCACGUGAGAACUGCCCGCUCCUUCAUUUCCACAGCGUCAACGGAGGGCUCUCAUACUCAGUUCCUUUGUCAUCCGUGGGCAGUCCGGAAUGGACGGAACACGAGAGCCUCUGGCCGUGACUGUCCACCUCCUUGCCAACUCUGGGCAUGGCUCACUUUUGCAGCAAACCCUGGACCAGCUCCUGGACUGUAUUUGCCCAGAGGUCCGUCUCUUUCUGGUGUCAGAGAGGGUCAGUCCACUGAAAUAUGAUGACAAGUGCCACUCCAAGCGGUCACGGUUCCCUGGGAUGUCUGUUUUGCUCUUCCUGCAUGAAAGCCUCGGAGAGGAGAGGCUGUUCCGUGUUCUUGACUCCCUUCGGCACUGGCCAUGGCAGUGCCACCCUGUGGGGAACCUGCAGGGACGACCCUGUCCAUACAUGCUUGCCAGUCAGGAGUUCUACAGUCUGGACAGCCAGAUGCCCAUCUGGGGUGUGCGGCAGGCGCACAGUGGCACUGAGAUCCUGAGAGUGACGCUCUACUGCAGUUUUGAUAACUACGAGGAUGCCAUCAGACUCUAUGAGAUGAUCCUGCAGAGGGAUGCCACCCUGCAGAAGAGCAACUUCUGUUUCUUUGUGCUCUACGCCACCGAGAGCUUUGCUCUGCAGCUCUCCCUGAAGCAGCUGCCCCUUGGGAUGUCAGUGGACCCCAAAGAGUCAUCGGUGCUACAGUUCAAGGUUCAGGAGAUUGGCCAGUUAGUGCCUCUUCUGCCCCACCCGUGUGUCCCCAUCAGCCGCACCAGGUGGCAAACACAGGACUAUGAUGGCAACAAGAUUUUGCUUCAGGUCCAGUUGAAUCCAGGUGUUAGGAAUGGAGAGCUUUCCUUUCUGAAUGGCAGCUCGGGAGCUGACACACUAUGCCAGGGCUCCAGGCUGACCCCUGCCUCUGUGAGCAGGACCUUACAGCCAAGAUGCCGAAGGAGCCGGGCCAGGAGGUUCAAGGUGGCUUCCCUGGAGUGCUCUGAGCCUGGCGAGGGCACAGUAUCAGACAGCUCCAGUGGCGCUUCAUGGAAAAGCCCUGGCUGCUCAUCCCAGGGCAGCAGAGCAGCCCUGGACUCCCAGCUGCACCUUCCUUCUCCCCACCUCCAACCUGGGGCCAGGGUAACGGUCCUCAGCCAGAGCAACAGCUUUGAGAGGCUGGAGGCAGAGACGAAUGUUGACACAGGGUUCACAGUGGUCAAUUCUGAACCCAGGCAACCUUUUCUAAGCCGAUUUCCAAGAGAUCUGGGGACCAGCCAGCUACCAUCCUGCUUGCCAGCCUCCUCCUUGGGGGCAGCUGCCUUCAAAAACAGUAUCUUUAAGAAAGCAGUCCAUCCUUUGCCACUUGCUGGCCAAAGAGACCUUGGCACAAGGAAGAUAAUCUCAAAAUGUCCCCUUCAUUUGCCAGUCCAGGGUGAAGAUAAAGAAGGAGAAGAAGAAUUCUUUAUAUAGCGUAAAACAAACGUGGUUUUCUCAAACCCAAGGUCAGAUACAAUGUUCUAGAAACGGAGCACUGACCUCGAAUCAGCCUGUCUUUUGUUCAUCUGAGGGGCCUGAAAGCUAGCCAUGUGCAGAUCUGUGUUGCUUUUAUUUCAGAUAUUCGAAGUCAAACAGUGCUGCGAGUGCUUGUUUAUUUGCCAUCGUGGUCAUAAGGGAACACAGCCAACCCGCAGGGGAAAAGCCGUGCACUUCAUAUCCCUGGAGACAUGCUAACCCAGCAGGGCAUGUUGAGUUCAGCACCUACCAGGAUAAUUGCAUUGUAGGCAAAUGCAUCGGAUGUGUUAUGCAACCGCUGAUUAGUGUAUGUAAUUUCGUUUUAAUUUUCACUUGGGUUGCAUAGCUCAUCCCCCUGGACAGCAUGGACUACUUAUUCUUUAGCAUUUUUUAAUUUUUAUGUGACCUCCUUUGGUAACUAGGCCCUGUUCACCACAUACCCUCUAGUGAUUUUGCCUUUAAAGUUGUUUGCAAAUGAAAUGAGUUAACAUGCGAAGUGUUUUGAAAAUUACAAACUAAUUUUUUUUUCUCUGUUUAAUGAGCAGAAACACCGGAAGCCAAGAAAUCAGGUUUGAAAUGAAAGCGAAGCUGUAGGGUUUUCCUGAUUCUCCGCUUCUCAUUUGUUUCUACACUACUCCAAAGGGGCCCAUGGUUGUGUUAUUAACCAGAAAGGAAUGUGACAUGAUUGGGUGAUGUGAGAGCUCCACUCAGCAUGGCAGGAAGAUGGGAUCGGUUGGGUCACUGGAACAGGAGUAAAGUUCUUCUGGCCAUGUCCGAAUUCCUCAAUUUCUUUGUGAUGUUCAUUUAUUCAUACAUUCAUUCAUUCAACACAUUUUUAUUGAGCACCUCCUUAGAAUAAUACAUUGACAUGAGGCACACACCUUCUGUGACCAUCAAACCCAUAACUGUUUAUGGUUUUAUCAGUAUGAUAAGUCCAUUCUAUGAACUCUUAAGAAUAUGUUGAAGCCCCAACCUAUUCCUCUGGGAAUUUCUUCCAUAAAUGAUUCCCACACCUGCUGUACAAAGCUGUAGCAAGCAUUGACAGAUGACCUGUGGAUAGAGACUUGGGAAUAUUAUGAAUUGCAAUUAUAAUCGUAAUGUACAAAU